GUAUGUUUACACCAUGAAGCAAGUAGACUGACAGAUUCAUCCCGCUGGAGCUCCUCUCUUGAGUCAGUGUUGGGAUUUCUCAUGCUACUUUGUGUACAGGAGAAAUUAGUUGGUUUUGACUACAAGGAUGAGAUCCCUGACCUUCGGCCUCUUCUGCCUGCUGUGCUGUGCAGCACAGCCGGACACACAUCGUCCCAGACCCAUCGCAGCCAGAGAGAAAAAUGAGACAACGGUCCUCAGCAAUGCAGUGGACAAUCCUUGUAAAGCCAUCCCGCUGGAUUUCGUCUUUGUCAUUGACAGCUCCAGAAGUAUACGCCCUGACGACUAUGAGAAGGUCAAGAUCUUUAUCAUCAACCUGCUUCAGUUCCUCAAUGUUGGAAGUGAUGCAACACGGGUCGGCCUGCUUCAGUAUGGCAGUGUCGUUCAGCCUGAAUUUUCCCUCAACACCCACACCAACAGAGCUGAGGUGGAGCAGGCUGUACGAAAUAUGGAGCACCUUGCCACAGGAACCAUGACAGGUCUAGCCAUCCAGUACACCAUGGAGACAGCCUUCACUGAAGAAGAGGGGGCACGACCACUGGACCUACACAUUCCACGAAUUGCUAUGAUUGUGACAGAUGGGAGACCUCAGGACACUGUGGAGGAGGUUGCAGCUCAAGCCAGGCAGGCUGGCAUCCAGAUCUUUGCCAUUGGAGUAGGUAGGGUGGAUAUGAAGACCUUGAAGGCCAUCGGAAGUGAGCCACACUCUGAACACGUCUACUUGGUGGCCAAUUUCAGCCAGAUAGAAACCCUGAUCUCAGUGUUUCAGUCCAAACUGUGUGGAGGUUCAGACAUGUGUGAGGUGGUGGACCAUCAGUGCCAACAUAUCUGUGUGAGCAGCCCCGCUUCAUACCGGUGCAAAUGCAGGAAAGGAUUCACCCUCAACCCUGAUGGCAAGACAUGUAAAGCUGAUGACACAUGUUCUGAGGUGGACCACGGCUGUGAGCACAUCUGUGUUAACCUGCCUGAUGGCUACGAGUGUCGCUGCCGUCCAGGAUAUGAACUCACCGUAGACCUGAAGAAGUGCAACAAAAUAGACUACUGUGACCUGGGAAACCAUGGCUGUGAGCAUAACUGUGUCAGCGUUCCAGAGUCCUACAUCUGCAGGUGUAACAAGGGAUACGUCCUCAAUCAGGAUGGCAAGACCUGCAGCAAGACUGAUCACUGUGCUGAUGGGAAACAUGGCUGUGAACAAGAAUUUAUGAACACAGAAAACUCCUGUGUGUGUAAAUGCAGAAAAGGCUACACAAUCCGAGCAGAUGGGAAAACCUGCAAAAAGACUGAUCACUGUGCUGAUGGCACUCAUGGCUGUGAACAGGAGUUUAUGAACACAGAGGACAGCUGUGUGUGUAAAUGUCGAAAAGGCUACACACUCAGACCGGAUAGAAAAACAUGCAAAAAGACAGAUCAUUGUGCUGAUGGGAAACAUGGCUGCGAACAGGACUUUCUGAAUACAGAAGAUUCUUGUGUGUGUAAAUGCAGAGAAGGAUACACACUGCGACCUGAUGGAAAGACAUGCCAGGAAGCAGAAUGUACUGAUGGAUUCAUGGAUUUAGUUUUCGUAAUUGAUGGCUCCAAGAGUCUGGGCCCUGCCAACUUUGAGCUGGUCAAGCAGCUGGUAAACACCAUUGUGGACUCUCUGGACAUUUCCAGGACGGGCACACAUGUAGGCCUUAUCCAAUACUCCACCAAAGUGCAUACAGAGUUUACCUUGGGUCAGUACAUUGCAGCUCAGGACUUAAAGCGAGCCGUUAGUCGGAUACAGUACAUGGGCAGGGGCUCCAUGACUGGUUCAGCCCUACGUCACAUGUUUGAGUUCAGCUUUUCAGCCAAAGAAGGUGCCAGGCCAAACAUCCCUCAUGUCAGCAUUGUGUUCACUGAUGGAAGAUCACAGGAUGAUGUUUCUGAAUGGGCCAACAAAGCCAAAAACUCUGGGAUCACAAUAUAUGCCUUGGGGGUCGGCAAGGCCAUCGAACAGGAGCUGAGAGAAAUAGCAUCAGAGCCUAAUGAGAAGCAUCUGUAUUAUGCUGAAGAUUUUGAGAAAAUGAGGGAAAUUGCAAAGAAGCUCAAGCCCAGGAUAUGUAAAGAUAAGCCAGCUGAUGAAGAAAUGUGUGAGUGUGAGAAUGUGAUAAUGUUUCAGAACCAAGUCACAGAGAAGCUGAAGAACCUGGCUGCGAAUAUUGAAGUCAUGUCAAAGAAGCUGGGAGCGCUGGAGAAUCAGCUUGUGCGUAAAUAAAGAGCCUUGUUCAUCCUUUGCAUCGACAGGAUCCCGUUAACUGUGCUCAACAAGCUAUGCUGGAGCAUAUGCAAAAGCAAUGCUGUCUACAGUAAUACAACACAGUAUUCAUAAGCUAUUUCCUUCUGUUUGAUGUUUGAGUUGUGCUUUUUUAGUCAGGUCAUCUCAUCACACUUAUUUCUGCAUGCAUUGAAACAUGCAUAAAAUCACUUUUUAUUUAGCAGAUGUUAAGAUAAUUCUGUAUAAAUAUAUAAUAGAUUUGAAUGGAAAUCAAAGUCCUGCAUCAAAAUGUUCAAUAAGAGCCUUACAGAUACAUAAAAGUACAUAAAAAUUAACUUUGAAUGGCCUACACUUUAUAGAAAAUUGUGCAUAUAAUAUUGUUCCUACUUUUAUCAGAGAUCAACUGUUUUUAGUUUUUAGAUAAUUCUGUCUCCUGUGACAGGUUAUCACAGAUUUUGUUGCCCUCCAAAGAUGACCAGGACAGUACUUAUUAAUGUUUAUAAUCAUGACGGGAAUGAAGGUGCUCUGUCCGUCUUAUACAAACACUUCUUCAAAUAAAGUGUUUCUAACAACACAGUGUAUUUAGUUUGAAAUGUAUAAAUAAUUCCUUGUA